AUGUGGAUCUAUAUGCUUGAUACAUUGAAAAUUUUGGCUAAUGUUAUCUUUUCUGUCACGGCAGUAAUUACUAUUAUUGUCAUAGCUUGGAUAGUUUUUUGGAAAUUAAUUCUCAGUCAGAUUAGCUUUAUCCGUGAAAUUGCAGAACUUCCAAAACUUAAUGACAGCAAAACACCCAAACUUCAAACAUCAUCAUCAUCUUCUAGGGAAAAGAAAAAACGACAAUCUUCCACAUCAUCAUCCGCAACACAUAGUAGACAACAAUCAACAUCACAAAUAACGCAUGGUAAACAUAAAUCAAUUUCUUCAACACAUAGUAGACAUCAAUCACUAUCUUUGCCAUCACAUAAUAGACAGCAAUCAACAUCGACACGACAACAACAUAAUCAUAUCAAUGCAAAUAAUCCAAUAAUUCAUCAAAGAACAUUUUCUUCUUCCUCAUUAAAUCAAUAUCAAGAUGGUGGAAGUUUACCGAUGAGUAGGAGAACUUCUAAUAGAACUUAUCAAUCACAGGAUGAUGAUUCGGAUAAUAAAAGUCAUCAUAAUCAUACAAAGAGUAAUAGCAGAAAUUCUAUUAAAAAUGGUUCUUCAAACAAAAUUUUAUCUGAAAAUGAUGAAUUUUUAAAUUUUGAAGAAGGUUAUAUUUCAUAA